UGUACUUUGGGUCAUGUCUUUCCUUGUAACUGGAUAGAGUAUCUCCUUCCAUAAUGGUAGAUGCACCAAAUUCGUCAAAAAACAGUAGCCCGAAUUUGGCCAGUCCUUCCUCACCGCCAGACCAACUGCAGAGCAGAGAUAAUUCAGUCACAACCAUGACGCGACAGUACGAAUUUUUCGUGACGACGACCAAGCCACAUCUGCCAAACGGAGCUGAACGGGGCAUGAUUCGUCGACUAGUCAUGCGCAACUUCUUCGAUACGAAAACAAGUGCGCCGCAGGCGGAUAUUCCAGAGCAAAGCUCAGCAACCACCGUCAUGACAAGAAAUCAAUUAAACAGUCGGUUUCGGAUCCAAAGAUUGAAAAAUGACAACGCGAUCAAAGGUGGAAAACUGGUGUCAAAGAAUGGAAAAAGCAAAAGCAAGGGGAAAAGACGUUCGUCGCCCAUACAUACGACAGAGGGCUACGUCAUAGAUCAAAUAUCAGGAAAAGAACAUUCUACGGCGAAAAAUGCAAAAGAAAGAUUGAGAGAGGGAACAGUCGAAUUGGCAUUGAAGAUUCACAAGUUACGGAUAGAUCCAAGUGCUCACCGUAUUGAUCCGUUUGACAUCUUGCCGAUACCAGGGACGCCACAUUUCGAUAUGUUAUUUCAACUAUACAAAGGCGCACCUAAAACCAAUUCAAUUGCUAUUGACGCCAAGAAUACAUGGCCAACCUGGGCCAUCCAUGACGCUGGCCUUUUGCAUGCUACACUAGCAACGUGGGCAAUAUAUGGAGUGCUCGCGAAGGGUCUUAGCGAGCUACAUUGUUGUCAUCUCAAGCACAAGAGUGACGCCAUCAACGCUAUUAGUUCAAAGCUCAUGGAGCCUAAUGGAGUCGUUUCAGACGAGGUUAUUGGUACUGUCUUGACACUUGCAAGUUUUGAGAAUCUUCUCGGAGCAUACGAUACUGCUCAAAUGCAUUUAAUGGCUCUAAAUCAAAUGUUGACCGCGAGAGGUGGAUUAUUCGCAAUUGGGCACAACGAUGGCUUGCUGCGCGGCAUUUUAUGGGCAGAUUUCCAUACUGCUGCGGCCUUCCGGACACCGCCUUCAUUUCCGCUUGUGUGCCUUGAUCCAGAUGCACCUCUCCUUCCUGACGAACUCAUGGAAGAAGCAGCGUACACUUCGCCCACAUCGAUGCUUCAGUUAUCUCUUGCAGCGACAGAGUGUUUCAAUAUUUUUUACCGGUUACACCGAAUCGCCCUAGCAAUGUCCUCCCAUUGGUCUGGAAAGGUCUCCCGACUCACGCUCAGCAACCUCCUCUACGAUAUGCAAUACAUUGUUCUCUCUGUCCCCGAUCGAUCGCGCGACUUUAUCGAGUUUGACAGAGAAGUCCAAGCUGGCAGAAACGAAGGCGAAGAGAACCAAAGAAAGAGAGCAGAUGCAGCAAGUGUGGUUGAGGGUCUUCUCGCUGCAACACUGAUCUUUGUAUAUACUGCCUUACGGGGACUGCCAGCCAAUGCGAAGAUCUUUGUCGUUCUCCUGGGUCGGCUGCGCAUCGCCAUCGAUCGACCCGCAACUUCAGCCGUAGAGGUAUGGGGACGCGAAAAGAACUUGAAGAUGCUGGUCUGGGUGUUGGUGGUGGCAUGUUCGGUCGUGACAUCAGAUGAUGAUCGUGCUUGGUGGAUUUUGAAGCUUUCUGACGUGUGUGGUAUACUGGGGAUUGAACGCCAGGCUGAGCUGGAAGAUAUCAUGCAACAUAUAGCCUGGAUUGAUGUAUUCUUCGAUCGUAAACUAGGGAAGAUAUGGGAAGAUAGGACAAGGUAGUUGGUCACAGUGAUAGACUGGUUGGUCGCAACUACGAAGGAAGAUACGCAGGGCGAUAUGCAAGGUUGGGCACCUGCCCAUCUUCGACAUGCAGAUGCCACAUCUAGCUGUGGUGCGUGCGAGAUGGAGGCGGUGUGAGAUAUAUCAAAAAUCUCAAUCAAAGUAUCCUGUUAUAUCCGUGUUAAGUAGU